AUGUCCGAUUUAUGUGUAGUGUGUUUAUGUGUAGUGUGCGACAGAACAGUCACUGCAAAACAACAUGCACUAACAUGCGAUGUUUGUACAAGAUGGUGUCAUCGAAAAUGUGGUACAGGCUACACUACUUACCAAUAUAGUAAGGCAAGACAAAAAAAUGUGCAAGUUCCACCUAGGAUUACAUUUGAAAUUGUUAAACAGGCAACUAAAAGAGAGGGAGAUCAUUUAGUUUCCAGUGAUGGGCACAAUUUGACUGUUAAAAGCAAAACAAAGAAAGGAAAGACCACUUGGGUAUGCGCUAAAAAAACUAAUGGUUGUAAAACUAUAGUUAUUCAACAAGACGAUAACUUUACCAUUAAAAAUGAACACACCUGUCAAGCAAUAGCUGGGGCUACUGGCCUUGCUAAAAUUCGUGCAAAGUCUUACCAGGCUGCUAUGGAGCAACCUUUCACUUCAGCACUAGAUAUUGUUAAUAAGAACUUUUUAUGUGCAGAUUUAAAGAGGGAUAAUCAGAGACAUCUCUUAUUUGCAACAGAAGACCAAUUAAACUCAUUACGUCAAGCCGAAAAUUGGUUUAUGGAUGGAACAUUCAGCGUUGUAAAAAAACCUUUUUUCCAACUCUAUACUAUACAUGUUUUCAUAAAACAUAAUGAUAAAUAUGUACAAAUCCCUACAUUGUUUUGCUUAAUGAGCGGAAAAGCAACAAAAGAUUAUGAAUGUAUAUUCGAAUGGACUGUUGGAACAGGAAACUUGAACGUGAAGAUAUGUGGACAUCAUUUGAUAAUGGACAAAUUAGUGUGA